UGAUGUUUUGCUUUUUUUGGUUCAACUCUUAACCAGAUUUUGGGUUAACCAUUGAUUGACACUUGACUGGAUCAAUAAAGCAAUUAAUUGUUGUAAAGAUGAACCUGGUUAUGGUCAGUUGAUUAGUUGAUAACCAAGGAUACCAGAGUUUGGGUUGUUUUGGGUAAACAAACAAAUGAUUAGAUUUGAGUGUUUUAUUUGUUUCUAAUUGAUUUAUCUAAAUUAAUUUGAUUUAAUUGGCCAAUUAUGGGACUUCGUCGUCGUCGUCGAUCAUCCGCUUCAUCAUCAGAUGGGUUACUUGAUCUGGAUCGGAAUGGGUUAACAUCACCCGUAAAGGUGUUUUAUGCGCGCAAAAAGAAGCCUGAAUCAAAGUUAUCAAUUGUGAUUCAGGUUAUUGCUGUUGUUGCUUCCCUUGCCUUUACUUAUUACGUUUACUAUCAUUUUGAUCAUUUUCAUUUCAAUCUGGUUCAUUUUUAUGCAACCAAAAUGGACGAUUCUCAUGCUCAACAUACAUUGGCCCAUAAAUUGUUGAAAAAAGGUGACAACCAUUCAGCAGCUUUUCACUGGUUCCGUAAAUCAGCCUCAAAAGGACAUCCACAUUCAGCUUACAAUUUAGCUGCUGGACAUUUAAGUGGCUAUCCAACGGAUCUUCAAAAAGGUGAAGCCAAAAAAUUGUUACAAUUUGCAGCCAAACACAAUGUAGUUGAAGCUUACCAAUUGCUUUAUGACUUGUGUUAUGAUAAACCAGAAUUUUGUGACCAUUAAUUAAUCAGCUCGUUAAGGAUGGACAUUGUAAUGGAUCACAAUGGACAUACGAAUCGUAAAGAAUGGUUAUGAUAAGCGGAACACACAAAAAAAAGAAGAAGCAAAAUGAAUGAAAGCAACAAGUCAACCAGUAAUGGGUUACAGUCUCUAGGAAUAGCAAUUAAUUUUAAACAAUUCAAAUAGCCAAUUCAAUUGUUCCACCCAUGAACUAUCAUUAUUAUUACACAAUAAAUAGACAAACAAUGA